AUGGCAAACCCAUCUCCAGAAUCCACUACCACUUCGCCUCCCUCAGCCUCCUCAUCCCCCUCAGCACCACCCAACCCCUACCCCCCCACAACCUCAAUCUUUAUCCUCGGCGCCUCCGUCUUCGGCCUCUCCAGUGCCCACCACUUGUGUCUCGCCGGUUACACCAACAUCACCGUCCUCGACCGCUCCGCCACCCUGCCUAGCCCCCACGCCGCCAGCCACGACCUCAACAAGAUCGUCCGCGCCGAGUACGGCGCCGGCCACGCCACCGACGACUUCUAUACGGACCUGGCGCUGCAGGCCAUCGAGGCGUGGGAGUCGGAGGGGUGGGAGGGGUGUUUUCGCAAGACGGGGUAUGUGAGGCUCGCGAAGACGGUGGAGGCGCAGGCGGGGAUUGCGAGGGAUGUGGCGUAUUUCUCGGGGGCGAGGGCUGGGAGCCCGCGGAGGAGGUGGUUCCCAACGGAGGCUUUUGAGGCGCUUCUGGGGUCGGGUGAGGAGGCACAGAAGGCUGUGCCGCAGAUGAGGGGGGAGCUGUUGGGGGAGGAGGGGUGGAAGGGGGCGCUGAAUAGGCAUGCGGGCUACGCGUUGGCGUCGAAGGCGAUUCGGGUGUUGCAUAGGAGGUGUGUGGAUGCUGGCGUGAAGUUUGUGCUUGGUCCCAGCGGGCACAUCACGGAGCUGGAGAAGUCGGCUGAGGGGCGGGUGACGGGUGUAUGUGCGUCGAAUGGUGACCGGCAUCUGCACCCUGAGGAUCAGCCGUGCUUAACGAUCCUUGCCAUGGGUGCGGAACUGCCGCGACUGUUUCCUGCAGCGGCCACGCAGUUGACGGGCAAGUCGUGGUCCGUCGCGCAUCUCGAACUCACGCCCGACGAGGCAGCGAAGCUGCAGGACAGUCCUGUCGUGAGCCUGGGCGGCUUGGGCUUCUGGAUCGAGCCGGUCUUUGUACCAGAAGACACCCCCAACGGCGGCAAGGGCGGCCAGCACCUCCUCAAAUUCGCCGCUCACGGAGGUGGCUGGACCAACUCGGACCCCAGAAGCCCUGGCAGCUCAACAGAGCGAGCCACUGAGCAGCCAGCCGUGCUCCCACCAGCAGAACCGCUGGCUGUCAUCCCAGCGUCCGACGAGCAACUCCUCCGCGAACUCAUCCGCCUGACGCUUCCCGCUCACUUUCUCAGCAAGCCCUUCGUCCGCAAGUCCAUGUGCUGGUGCGCAGACACGGCGUCCUCCGACUUUGUCAUCGACUUUGUGCCUUCGCACACAGACCUGCUCGUCGCGGGCGCCGAUAGCGGGCAUGCUUUCAAAUUCUUGCCCGUCGCGGGAGAAUGGGUCGUGGACGUGGUACGGAAAGGGAUACAGCGCGAGCGGAGAUGGCGGUGGAAGGAGUUGGGGAAUAGGUCUGAUGUUGGGGGCGAGGACGUCGCGUGGAGGGGAGCGAGUGUGAGGAAUUUGCGGGGCCAGACUAUGGUGUAG